UGUGUCCUGGGAGAGAGGACAGAUGGCACUCAUUGGCAGUGCCAUUUCCAGGGUUAGAGGUUUUUUUUUUUUUUAAAUCAGUUGCUCUCCAAACACCCUGAUUGUGUCCAGUUCCACUAGACCUGGGGUGAAGUAGGGGUCUGUAUGUGAGAGGACUGAAGGCUGGUGGUUUCGACUCUGGUGGGCUGUGACUAGCCCAGGGAACAAAAUAGUGUAUCUGCGAGGGAGCACUUUGAGGCCGUGCCAGUGCUGCACCUUUACUCUGUCUCUUCUGGUCUGUUAAGUGCUGAGAGGCAGAUAGAAGAAUUUGGGACUCAGAGUGCUUAGAUCUCUUUUGUCUCUGCUUUCCAAGGUAACAAGCAUAGGCUCAAGUAAUGUAAAAAGAAUUAUCGUUGCUUAUUUUGCUUGUAUACACCACUAGAAAGGAGGAGGGAGACUAAAGUUGUGUUUGAGACUGACUGCAUAUUUAUUCCUUCCCAGUCAACAGCUUGAGUGGAGGAAAACCUUGUUCUAAUCAUCUCACAUCCUCUGUCUGUUUGUUUUCCUCUAGAAAAGGCUGCAUUUUCUUUUUCCAACUAAAAGCGGCUUCAUCUGUUUUUCUCCCUCUGCCCCAAAACCGCUACAGAAGGGAAAGUGUCACAGCACAUUUCCCUAGGCUAAACACACUUUGUGCCUGAUAGUUUUGACAGAUACUGCUCUCUGUUUGCAAGGCCUAAUGAGCAUUUUCCUAAUCGUAACAGUAAUAAGGUUCUUCCUCGUGGUGAUGAUGGGGGAGGAACGUGUGCGUUCAGGGCUUGUCCGCACUAAGUGCUGGGAGGCACUUCUGGGUUCUACAGUGCAGGUGUAGCCCGAGGUGAUUUAUUUCCUACCUUCCUUCCCAAAGCUUGUCCUGGUUGUCAGUGCUCAUCCUUGCCUUUGCUGAUUUGACUGGUUCCUGAACAAGCCAGGAGAUUGUUACAGUUUCUGAUCAUAUUGCAAGAAGAAAUUCUUUUAAUCAAAAUUAGCAGUGCCAAACUAGUGUUUGGUUUUAGAGAUACGUUCUGUAGGAAACUGGCAUCCAAGUCUGGUUAGGAGAUCCCAUUAGGUUUUUAAUUAUAAUAUGAUUUUAAAAAAAAAUCCAGACCAUACUGGAUGUCCAGAAGUUCGUACUGGAUGCUAAUGCCUCAGGUGAAGAAGUCAGCCACUUGCUCUUUGUGGAUGUUCUGCAUGUUAUAAUUUGAUUACUGUCGUUGGAUAGAAGAAGGGAUGAGUGUAGACUGAGAAGCUAUAGAGACUUCAGAGCCUUUCUCUGCUGCCAGAGCCUGUGGACAGAGUUGCCAAGUGUUGGGCAGCUUUGCAGCUUCCUUUUGGAUACUUCUGUCCAUGGACCGUGGCGACCACACAGUGAGUGUGUUCCAUGGGAAGGGAGGCUUUGGGGAACCAUGAGUUUGAUGAAGGUGUGAGUGGAUUGUUGGAUCCUCUGCUUAAAAAUACUAAUUUCACAAUCCUGAGUGCAAACAUUAAGGGAAAAACCCCAUUAGCAAAUGAAAUGAUGAAAUAUGUUCAUCCUUUUAAAAUAGUACAUUUUGACUCAGAACCGAUAGGAAUUGUUGGCUAUACUACAAGGGAAACUUAUUUUCUUUCAAAGCCAGGGAAUGAUUUAAUCUUUGAAGAUGAAGUUGAAGCAUUGCAACUACAAGUGAAUAACCUCACUGCUAUGGGAGUUAACAAAAUAAUUGCACUAGGACACUCUGGCUUUACUGUGGACAAAAACAUUGCUCAAAAAGUGAAAGGAGUGGAUGUUGUAAUUGGAGGACAUACAAACACAUUUCUCUAUACAGGCACCCCACCCUCUACUGAACAGCCAGCUGGCCCGUAUCCAUUCAUGGUUCAGUCAGAUGAUGGGAGGAAGGUGCCGGUUGUACAAGCUUAUGCUUAUGGAAAAUAUCUUGGUUACUUAAAUGUUGUAUUUGACAAGAAAGGGAAUGUAAUUGAAGCAGUAGGAAACCCCAUUCUGCUGGACAGCAGUGUUCCUGAAGAUGAGUACAUUAAAGAAGAAGUGGAAAAAUGGAAGAAAAACCUGGGAAAUUAUUCUGAAGAGAUUGGAAAAACUAGUGUCUACCUGAAUGGUACAAGCGAAGCAUGCCGUUUCCGAGAAUGCAACAUGGGAAACUUGCUUUGUGAUGCUGUGCUUUAUGAGAAUGUCAAACAUCCUGGUGAAAAUAAAUGGAACCAUGUUUCCAUGUGCAUCCUGAAUGGAGGUGGGAUACGCUCACCCAUCGAUGAACAGAGCACUAAUGGUAGCAUUACUAUGGAAGAUUUGCUGUCUGUUUUGCCAUUUGGAGGUCGUUUUGAUCUGGUAAAGUUAAAAGGCUCCACUCUGAAAGAAGCUUUUGAGCAUAGUGUGCGCAGAUAUGGGAGAGGAACUGGAGAGUUGCUACAGGUUGGAGGCAUCCACAUCGUCUAUGAUCUCUCCAAAGCUCCAGGAAGCAGAGUCGUUAGCAUAGAAGUGCUCUGUACGACCUGUAGAGUCCCAGCCUAUGUACCACUCCAAAUGGAUGAAAUAUACAAUGUGACUCUUCCCUCCUAUUUGUUAUUUGGUGGAGAUGGCUAUCAUAUGCUGAAAGACAAGAAUCUGGGAUACAGUAAAGGUGAACCUGAUAUUGAGGUUGUUUCCCGUUAUCUUGACAGAAUGAAAAGAGUUUAUCCAGCACUUGAAGGUCGAAUAAAAUUUUCUGCUGGAAGUCUUAUCCAAGGAAGUCUUACCCUGAUUGCUGUAUUAUUCAGUGUAACAUUCUUGCACAUUUAAUUUUUGCUUGUGAUGUUUGUUUUCUUUUGGAGGAAGGCAGGAAGAGAGUGCUGAGGAAGAGAACUUCUCCUUUCUUACACAUUAUAACAAACAAGUGCUUCAGUUUCUGCAUAGCCCAAGCAAUUGUCCCUAAUCAGGUAAAGCUGUUGAAGCACACUGCAAAAUGAAGGGGCAGAAUUCAUGACUUUUCAUAGUUUGUUUGCACCUGCUGUUUGAGACUUGCAUAACCCAUAAUUCAGAAGAAGCAAAGUAUUAGUGAAUACUAAUUCUCCACCAAGAACUCCAUCACUGACCAAAGUGGCAUUGUCUUAAUUUGUCAAAUUCUUCUUGCAGCUUGGACAAUGAGUUCAUUACAAAUCUGAUUCCAGUAAUUUAAACAACAGAAGGAAUAGGUGUAUUAUUGGUGUGUAUCUCCCCUCUCUGAUCUCCACUCACUGUUUAAGCUUUCAAGCUGAUAAUUCUACUUUGCUUCAAGUCAUAUUUGUCUUACGUGCAGCAAUGCCUGCAAGAGAUAGAUUCAGUGUUGUUAAAAUUAUGAGAUUCAUUUAUGUGCAAUUAAAAAGUUUGUCCAUAUUAUUUUAAAAUGUAACAGCUCACUUAUGUUUUACAUUGACAAAGGAUGCAAUGAAAGCUUGAUUUGAUUUUGAUGAAUUCUGAUUUGGCACAAAUCAAGCAUGUAUAACUUCACCACUUAAUAGGACCAGUUUAGGGGCCAUGUCUUAUACAGUAUCAAAGAUGAUAUUUAUAUGAGACAGUUCUAAAAAUGAUUAUUGCAACAACUGCCAUGAGAUCUCUAGAUUAGUGCCAACACUAAAGAUGCUCUAUUUUACACCUUAUUCCAAAGACCAAAGCACAGAACCCCUCAAUAUUACCCAGUAUCAGCAACAUUCAGAGAGAAUGUCAGCUACACACCUUGAUUCCUCCAACACUGUGGCAUCCUUUGGAUGCUGCCUAGUAAUGGAGCUUUUUAUAGCAUAACCAGGCUUUAUCAUCAUUAUAACUUUUGAGUUAUAAUUUUGAGUUAGCCUGUUUCUCUACAGAAAGGCUAUGUUUUACAAUACACAGUUUUAAGCAGCAGGUUAAUGAGUAUAAAACCAGAGAUAGGAUGUACAUUAUCUGACACUUCAUCAAGAAGAGGUAGACCUAUAAAUGAGUGUAAGUAAUGAUAUUUUUGUAAGACCAUUCAAAUUCAGAAUCUUGAAAGUCAUAUACUGUUUAUUACUAUAUUAAAUUGAUUUGAAAUGUUUUGAAUAAACCUAUUUUGAUUUUCUGGAAAGCAAACUACACUCCUUCAGAGCCCAGCUACUCAGCUUUUGAAUUCACUGUACCUCAGAUAACAUGAAGGUGUAAAUUUUAAGAUAAACAUUUAAUAAGAAAGGGAAUAUUCAGUAUAUUUAAUUUCAAGACUUGAUUAGUUUCCAAGUAAAUUCAAGGGUUGUGCAUGAAGUGACUUGGACUACAUAGUUUUAUUAGCAAAGCUCUGUUGGAACAGGCACAUUUGUGCCUCAAAGUACUUGAAAGUGGGAGACAAGUAACAACUGUGCUUGACGCACUACUGAGUAUAACACAGCAUUGAUGAUUUUUCAAUACCCGCCCCUAACAGUCUUAAGUCACAGAAGAAUAUUCCCCCCAAACACCAUAAUACAGUAGCAGAGACUACAUUUAUGGACCAAGGUGUACUUGCACAUGUCUGUUUUAAAAAGCAGUUAUGAAGACUCCGGCAUACCCAGAGAGAAAUAACAUUUUUACCUUCCUUUGACAGAAAAGGUCAACAACAGCAAUAUAAAUAAAUAAAGCAAGUUGUGUUGACAAAAACACACUAAUACUGUGUCAGAAUAGUAUACUCUGGUCUGCCUGCAAAAGGAAAAAAAUCUCAGGGAAAGUCUGUUAAAAUAUCUCUGUAUUGUUUUGCAGGUAAAACUUGUUACAAAUCCACACACAAAAGUCCUUUUUAAAGUCUUUUUUAUAAAGUCUAGGGCCAACAAGUUAACAUUUACAGGGAAAAAAAGAAAUCUUCCACACAUUUUUAUUCUAAUCAAUUUUUAGAAAAUACUAAGAAGAGAUUCACAUCCUCUUCUCUAAGCCUCUAAAGAGGAUGUCUGGGGAAAAAAAGAACCCAAACCAUAAACCCGGAUAAGAAAUAGCAGAAAAAUAAAAGCUAAGGUAAAAGUCAAAAAAACACUUCACACCCAUUGUUCUUUUAAGAGUGCUUUAAAUUUCAAGGUCAGAUGCUAAAUAAACUAAACAAUUAUUACAUGCGUUAUAUUUUCCAUGCUCAUGGAAAGCAGGAAGGCCAAAGAUAAUUUCUGAGAUGAUUUCUAUGCAAUAGAUUCAAUCACAUUUCUUUGUUUAAAUAAAUGAUUAAGAUUUGUCAAGACAUUUAAAAACACCUUCAUGGGAGCAUUUUACAACUUAUACCAAACAAUUUUUCUAAAUAUCCUUUAAGGAAGACAACAGUUGCGCUUUUAACAAAGCAUAUGUAGGCUGGUCUCCCAGCAGUCUUAUUUCGUAUCACCCUGUACUUUCUCAUGUAGAGAUUUUUGGGAAACAAAUUUGACCUUUACUGAUAACAGCUAAAAAAAAUUUAAAUAAAAAGUACAAAUAUAUUAUUUAAUUGUAACUGGUAUUAAAUUUUAAUGUUUUUAUUGCAUAAAGAGGUUUUUAGAAUUUAAUUUAUGAUAUUUACAAGAAAAUAUACAAUACAAGGCUAAAAUGUCACAUAUACAUUCUGUUAGUGCACAGCAGAAGUUUCUACUAGGUGUUCAGCAAGGUCCCCACAUUCACAUCCAAGAUGACACAGAGCUAGCUUCCUUCGGACCCUGUCAAACGGUAGUUGAGAAAAAAUUGACUUACUAAGAAUGAAAAUGCAUGUUUACAUAGAAGCAACUGAGUUGGGCUGCAGUGAUUAAUAAUAUUUGAAAACAUUCACUAGAAACCAGAGAGAACAGAAAGGAAAGCUAGUGCUUUCAGGGUUUUAAUACUAUUUCUUAAAGUAGGUAUUUUCUUCUUUCUGUAGAAGUUUUCCCCUCCUUGUUCCUAAGUGCUAAAUAUGAUUUUCUGAACAAGCAAUUUUCUGCUCUGAAAGCACUGGCAUGGUAUUUUUCAAUGGUAUUUCUUUCCUUCCUCUGCUAGGAAUGCUUUUCCUGUCUCAGCUGUCCCUUUUCCUUUUAUCUUGUCUGAACAGACUUCCAAGAGAGUCACUGUAUAUUGUAUCACAAGCAAAAUUUACGCAGUAGUGUUUUCCAGCUCUUAUCCUUAGAACCUGUGUACUUAUCCAUGCUGCAGUUAAAUACAGCACAUCUGAAAUGAUCCGCUAUAUAUCCAUAAUGGUAAGUGUAGCCGGAUAUAACUUCAAGAUGUCAGAUUUAAUGAGUAACAGCUAAUAAGAACAAAUAAACGGCUACCACAUGA